UCUGAAUCGCUUAACUGAACAGGACGCGCUUGCAUUAUUCGUAUUUUAAAUAUUACUCAAAAUCGCUUUAACUGAACAGAACACGCCUGUAUAAUACUUAUUAGAACGGUAUUAGUUGGUGUUUCAAGCAGAAAUUAAUUUCAUUAUGUCUACACAAGAAUGGCUUGUUUUGCUUACAGUUGGAUUUUUAUUGAAAGAGAGCACAGCUGCAGUCCAGAUGAAGAUCCUUAAUUCACACAUCUCGGUGACAUCCGUCGGGGAAACACACUUGAAUUGGACUGCAAAUGAGGUCAUUGAUGGUCUUGUUAAUCACCUAGGCGACAGUGCUGACAGCUGUGGAUGUUGUGCAGCUCUAGAAAGACCGGCAUCGGUGCAACUGACACUGGACACGACUUAUAUCGUGGAAAAGAUUGUAGUUCUUGGGCGUACAGAUCGAGAAUACACUCAGUUUAACAACAUCAAAUUGUCACUUGGAAGACGGGAUAAACCACUUCAGGAUGAAACGCUCGAUAUGCAAAAUCGUUCUUAUGCGAUGACAAUAUUGGCUCCUCCAAGGGAACUAGAUGUUGUACGAGUUUCUAGCACGGGACAAAAUGUCAAUACAUAUAUGACAAUAUGCGAGAUAAUGAUAUACCGACAAGCAGACUGUCUACCCGGAAAGUACAGCGUAAACUGUUCCAAAGAGUGUCAUUGUCUUACGGGACCAUGUGAAAGUGUCACGGGCAAAUGCAUGCCCGCUUUAUGCAAAGACGGCUGGAGAGGACCCGCCUGUAAUGAAACUUGCGAUCCUGGACACUUUGGCAAAAACUGCUCCUCUGCUUGUCAUUGUUACAACGGUUCAAGCUGUCACCAUAUUUCUGGCCACUGUCCUGAUGGUCAGUGUGAACCUGGCUGGACUCAAAGUAACUGCAGCGUAGUCCAGAUCCAGAUUCGUAAUGUUCACAUCUCGGUGACAUCAAACGGGAUACCAUACUCGCAAUGGACUGCAGAUAAGGUCAACGAUGGUAUUGUAAAUAACCGAGGGCGUGCUGACGAUUGUGGAUGUUGCGCAGCUCUAAAAAGACCGGCAUCGGUGCAACUGACACUGGACAAGACUUAUAUCGUGGAAAAGAUUAUAGUUCUAGGGCGUGCUGAUACAGACGCCAAACAGUUUAAUAUCACAUUGUCACUGGGACGACAGAAUAAACCACUUCAGGACGAAGCGUUCAGUUUUAAAAGCUGGUCGAUUGCGAUGACAGAACUGGCUCCUCCAAGGGAACUAGAUGCUGUUCGAGUUUCUGGUGGCACGGGACAAAACAUCGAUACCUAUAUGACAAUAUGCGAGAUAAUGAUAUACCGACAAGCAGACUGUCUACCCGGAAAGUACAGCGUAAACUGUUCCAAAGAGUGUCAUUGUCUUACGGGACCAUGUGAAAGUGUCACGGGCAAAUGCAUGCCCGCUUUAUGCAAAGACGGCUGGAAAGGACCCGCCUGUAAUGAAACCUGCAAAACUGGCUUCUACGGACAAAGCUGCUCCAUGGACUGUAACUGCGACACUUGCCAUCACGCCACUGGAUCGUGCGUAGGGUCUCUUCAAUGCCACGAUGGGUACAAUAUGGAGGAUGGUUUCUGUACACCUUGCGAUCCUGGGCACUUUGGCGAAAACUGCUCCUCUGCUUGUCAUUGUUACAACGGUUCAAGCUGUCACCAUAUUUCUGGCCACUGUCCUGAUGGUCAGUGUGAACCUGGCUGGACUCAAAGUAACUGCAGCGUAGCGUGUGAAACAGGCAAGUUUGGUACCAACUGUUCCUUCAACUGUCACUGUCUUAAUGGCGAAACAUGUGACCCUAUUUCUGGCCGCUGUCCUAAUGACCAAUGUGCGCCAGGGUGGACUCUUCGUAACUGUAGCGAUGCCUGCAAAACUGGCUUCUACGGACAAAGCUGCGCCAUGGACUGUCACUGCGACACGUGCAAUCACGUCACUGGAUCGUGCGAAGGGUCUCUUCAAUGCCACGAUGGGUACACUAUGGAACAUGGUUUCUGUACACCCUGUAAACCUGGUUUCUACGGACAACGCUGCUCUAGGGAGUGUCACUGUGACACGUGUCAUCAUGUCAAUGGAUCGUGCGUGAUGUCCCUUCAAUGCCACGCUGGGUACAGGAUGGAAAAUGGUUUUUGUACCACGCACGAAAAGAUAGGAGAAAGUACUACCAUUAACGUAGUCGGAGUUGUUUGUGGUUGCAUUGCAGUUGUUGUUACCAUAAUUGGAGUUACUUUACUAACCGUAUAUUACAAGCGGCGACAACUUCAUUCCGCAAAAGGUCAUACUAAAUUAUCAACACCGGAUCAGAAAGAGACACGUUUCAAUAAGGGAUUCGAUCAUAGCGAUCGGGCUAAUGAUGACAAAAGCGUCUUCGUACAAGAAAAAGCAGAAGUCGCCUCAAAAAACGUCAGCUUGUUAUUGUCUGGCAAAGAAAAAAUCGUCCCUUGUGAUGACAAUGAUUACUACAGCUUCAAGACAGUUGGCUCGGGAAUCCAAAUCUAUGAACUCUGGGACUACAUUCACGAGAAGUGUCAAAGUGGUUCAACAUUCUUUGAAGAAGAGUUUAAAAAAUUCAAAAGCGGGCUUAUCCAUAAGCAUGAUAUAGCAUCGUCCGAAGAAAACACAGGAAAGACCCGCUACAAGCAGAUGUAUGCAUACGACCAUAACCGUGUGCCCUUGACCAAAGAGAUUGAUGGAGAUUCCGAAUAUAUCAACGCGAGCUAUAUACACGGCUUUGAAAAGGCAAAGAAAUUUAUCGCGUCUCAGGGACCUACCGAGAAAAAUUUAGAUGACUUCUGGUGUAUGAUAUGGCAGCAGAGAGUAGACAAGAUUGUGAUGCUGACAAAUUUGAUUGAAAUGGGAACGAUGAAAUGCCUACAAUAUUGGCCAGAUGAGUUAAAUUGUGUGUGCAAGUACGGACGUAUUGACGUAAAGUACGUUGAUGUCGAGGAGAUGUUUGAUUACAACAUCAGGACUUUCACAAUCGAGAAGGGACAUGAUGCAAGGAUAGUUACACAGUUGCAUUUCAAGUCAUGGCCAGACAAAGGUGUUCCCGACACGGCCUGGUGUCUUGUAGACUUCUGGAGAGCGGUGAAUACUCAGGAAGAGCACCCCUCACCAAUUCUUGUUCACUGCAGUGCAGGUGUUGGGCGAACUGGAACAUUUAUUGCUCUCGACAAUCUUAUUUCACAAGCACACAUGGAAACAUGUGUAAGACCAUUCCAGAUUGUCGAAGCAUUACGUGAACAAAGGGUCAGCAUGGUUCAAACAAAGGAACAAUACGCCUACCUGCACGAGGCUCUGGCGGAAGCUCUUCUGGUGGGGACACACCACGUGCUGACAAGACAGUUCGAAAGUGUCCACCUGUUCAUGAUCGGGAAAGAUAGUAUUUCGACAGCCAACCGACUUGAACAACAGUUAGAAUUGUUAAAGCGAAGUGUUGAGAGUGAUGAGGGACAUUUGCACCUAGUGACAAGACCAGAAGCAGAAUAUGGAAAUAUUGGACCACAAGUGACUGAAAUAUUUGCAGUAGAUGUAUAUCGACCACAACAACAAAGAAAGAGUGAACCAACAGACGAAAUUAAUAUCAAUACAUUCAAUGCACUGACGGGAAUAAUUGUGCUUCGCAAACCGAACGAACAACAGCUGCCUAUGUUUUGGUCUCGUCUCGAGAAGCUCGGCUCGACAACGUUGAUUGAUCUAGCAUCGGGUGAUAUCGAAAUGAAGCACCUACUCAUGAACAGAAAAGACGGGACACAUGCAACAAAAGGUCCAUCUGCUAUCAAAUUGGAACACCAAAAUGGAUUUGUUGAAAUAACGUAUUCCAUGACCCACGAGACUUUCCGCGACAAAAUAAUAAAACACUUCGUGCUGACUUCGACAGACAGAAAACCAUUGCUUGAGAUGAUAUGUGCGGUGCACACCUGGCAAUCCGAAAUGGCAGACGACUCACCGAUUUUGAUAUUGGACAGUGGCGGAUUCCGGAAAUGCGGAGUCGUCGCUGUUUUAUUGAACGAGAUUUAUCGCAUAUUAGAACUCAAUGGGCGGAUUAAUAUCGUACAAUCAGUCAGGACGAUGGUGCACAAAAAUAGCCUUCUCAUCCGCAACAAGAUGCAGUUCAAGUUCUGCUAUGAUGCGAUAUUGGACUUUAUUCAACAGCAAGGGGUUUAUCAGAAUUAUUAAUGUUACAAUAAUGUCGUAUAGUGUGCUGUAUUUCAUGGGCUUUUUGUGACUUUUAAAUAGGAACAUAGAUCUGUUGUUAAUGAUCUUGUUUCGUCUGAUGUUUGCAUGAGUUGCAGUAUUGUAAUAUUAUAGGUUUCUUUCAUAGGAUUUAUUCAUGCUGUUUAUAAACAACUAUAUAAACAUUCUGCACGUGAUUGUUUUGAGAUGUAUAAACCAGAUAUUGUUAGUUUAAACCUUACUUGCAAACGAGUAAAUUGUUUGAUGCAGGUUAAAGUAUUCCAUGUUACGAUGCAAUUGCGUAAGGACAAGAUACAUAAGAUGGUAACGGUUAAAACGUGUAUUGCAUUUGCAUUUUUGAAUAAUUUUGUUUACUUAAUGGACGAACUCAUGAGUAUUGGGCCGGUUAUAUUUGUAUAUAGACCGCCUGCGCUAUUUAGUGACCGAAUGACGGUACAGCCGUUGGCUUCAUGCGGGUAAUCUGCAUUUAACGGUUUGACCAUGAUUGCAUUUCGAUAUUGACACUGACGAUUGUUUAAAACUUUACUUUGAAAUCUUUGUGUUAACUUCAGUGUAUACAAGCAAAAGUGUUCGAACUUGUCGCCAUGUUCUUAUGCUGACCGCACUUGCAAAAUAUUGACCGAAACACGUCUUCUCCGAGGGCUACACGCAUCUUUUUUUUGAACGAUUCGACUCUGCUUCUCGAUCAAGCAAAGUAUGAGUACAUCGAUCAGGUUGAUGUCAAUAUAUCCUUACAUAAAAAUUAUGUAUAAUACUUUCUAUUUACAACGCUAGAAGCACCUACUUAUAAACAGAAAAGACGGGACAUGUGCAACAAAAGGUCCAUCUGCUAUCAAAGAGGAACACCAAAAUGGAUUUGUUAAAAUGAUAUAUAUAUUAUAAAUAUAUAAAUAUUAACUUGAUUAUCGAUGUAUUCACACUUUGUUGAAACUUUUGAAACCAAGAGAUAUCGACCAAUUGCGGAUACAUAUAUACGUCUUUAAAUGGGUGAUUACUUUCCCUUGAUACCAUUAUUGGUAACGAUAUUCAGUAACUUAAUAUCCAUAUGCCUAAUGGCCGGUAUAUAGUGUGAUUGCUAGCUAUGAAUUUGAAUAUUGUAUAGCUGUUAAUUUAAUGGUUAUGUUUUAUUAUUUGCCUCUUUUAUCUAUUAUACUUUUUAUUAUUUUUCAUCAAGUUUGCUUUUGGUUUCUGUACUGUCAUUAUAUUUGAUCGUGUAAUAAAAUUUCUUGAAAACCUGA